UUUUGUUGUUUAGUUUUUUUCUUUAUUUAAGGGAACCGGAAGUGGGUCGGCUACCUUCAUUAUGACUUUGGAAUGUCUAGAACUUCCUUCAGUUCGACUGUCAGUUUGGGCCCAUGAAUCCGGUUUUCUGUUUUAGUUUCUCAGAGUUUUCUUCUGAUCAUUUCUGGGUUUACUGAAGAUUUUCGUGUAUUUCCGCCCCCAUGACUGCUGGAGGGGGGCAGCAGUUUCCCGGAGUCCGGUUCCGGUUCUGACUCGCUCCGCCCCUGCACCGUGCAGCUUCCAGCAGGAUCGAACCUCUGAGUGACGGACGCUAAACUCCCGCUUCCCGCGCAGAUCCCCCCCUCCCUCUGCUGCACGCGCUCACACCUGCUCCCGCGCGCGCCGCCCAUGCCUCCUCGCGGAGAGAACUCCACCCCGGCGUAGAGCCGCCGUGGACGCGCGGACAGGUGAGUGCGCGUCUCCGCCACCUCCCGCCGCAGCGCAGCGCCGCGCCGCGCGGGUCUCCGUGUCUCCCGCCGCCGCGUGACGCUCAGCCGCAGACCGAGGAUUCCAGGCGGCGGCGCUCCGUGAUCCGCAGCAGACACACGGUCAUGCUGAGACCCCCCCCAGCAGGACGUUUUCUUCAUCCUCUGCUCACUCUUUAACUCCUCCCAGCUGAUCCCGCCCCCCUCCCUGCUGGUUCCUCCGUCUCCAAUCGGAUCGCUGCAGAUUUUAGUCUUUCUGGGAAAGCUCCGCCCCCUCCCUGACCUUUGCCCCCGGAGCAAGAUGCCCAACAGCAGCAGCCUCCUCGGCGUGUGGGAGGCGGCUGACUGGGCAGACACGUCUCAGUGCCCGCCCUCGGUGGGCGGGGCCACGUUCCUGAUCGUGGCGUACAGCGCCGUCAUCGCCAUCGGGCUGCUGGGAAACGCGGGCCUGGUGUUCAUCAUCGCCCGCCAGCAGGAGCUACGGAACGUGACCAACAUCCUGAUCGCCAACCUGUCGUGCUCGGACAUCCUGAUGUGCGUGGUGUGUCUGCCGGUGACCGUCAUCUACACACUGAUGGACCGCUGGGUGCUGGGGGAGGCGCUGUGUAAGGUGACCCCGUUCGUGCAGUGCAUGUCGGUGACGGUGUCCAUCUUCUCCCUGGUGCUCAUCGCUCUGGAGCGCCACCAGCUGAUCCUGCAUCCCACCGGCUGGUCCCCCGCCACCGGACACUCCUACCUGGCUGUGGCGCUGACCUGGCUGGUGGCGUGCUUCAUCUCCCUGCCCUUCCUGUCCUUCAACAUCCUGACCAACGACCCCUUCCAGAACAUCAGCCUUCCCGCCAACCCGUUCAGAGAUCACCUGAUCUGCAUGGAGCUGUGGCCCUCAGACAAACACCGUCUGGCCUACACCACCUCCCUGCUGAUCUUCCAGUACUGCCUGCCGCUGCUGCUGGUCCUGCUCUGCUACCUGCGGAUCUUCCUGCGGCUGCGACGGCGCAGGGACAUGCUGGAGCGUAGCCGGAGGACGCGGGGGGCCCAGAGGAUCAACGCCAUGCUGCUCGCCAUCGUGGUGGCCUUCGCCCUGUGCUGGCUCCCCCUCAACGUCUUCAACACCCUGUUCGACUGGCACCACCAGGCCCUGCCCGACUGCCAGCACGACGCCGUCUUCUCCGCCUGCCACCUGACGGCCAUGGCGUCCACCUGCAUCAACCCCGUGGUCUACGGCUUCCUCAACAGCAACUUCCAGCGCGAGCUGAGGACCACGCUGCAGCGCUGCCAGUGCGGCACGCGGCCCGGCGAGAGCUACGAGAGCUUCCCGCUGUCCACGGUGGGCAGCGAGGGCGUGACCAAAGCCACGUCGCUCAACAGGAUCUGCGUCCCCUCCCCCCGGACUGAGACCAGCUCCUCCUUACUGACCAAAACCCUCCCCGCCAACGUCUGAGGGCGGGGCUUGUGGAGUCCUUUCAUGACCUGGAGGUCACCAGAGUGGACAUUCAGGAAGUGUCUGCGGUCCAGAAGGACCGUCACAGAUGCAGAAGUUCUAAAACCAGAACCGAAUGGACUCUGAUGUUUCAUCUGACAGGUGAUGGAGUUCUGGAGGUCGUAGUCCUCGUGAUGGUCGCUCCGGUCCAAUGUCCUCAGUGCAGGAUGGAGGAUGAGAGAGAGACGGAUGGAGGAUGAGAGAGAGACUGAUGGAGGAUGAAGAACAGACUGAUGGGAGUUCAGAUCCUGAUAACUGUGAAUACAUUAAAUGAUUCCAGAAAAGAAGUUUAACGCCUCGAAGAACCCAGAAAACGGAGGACUGUGUUUGUACUCAUCCUUCCCAGAACCUGGAGCGGUUCUGCUGCAGUCGGACUCAUCAACCAGAACUUUACAUUCUAGUUACUGAGAAUCCGUUCUAGACGAGCUCAUUAGAAUCAUUUGGAAGUUGGUUCUGGACCGCCUCCAUCAUCAACUCUGUUAUUCCAAUCAUGAGAAAUGAUCUCAAAUCCAAAUUCCCAGAAUCUCAAUUCAGUUCUUAACUUGAACCCCACUAAAACUUUAUUUAAAACAUUUUAUUUUUCCCCCAUUUUAAUGAAUUAUUUAAAAACUGAUUGUAGUUGGAAAAUGUCCAUUUAUUUAUUUAUUUCCGGGUCACGAGCAGACGUGUGCUCCUCUCUCUCUCCAGCUUCCACGGCUUUAGGCGAUUAGAAACUUGAAAUAUCACAGAAUUACUACAUUAUUACAGUAGUAAUUCUACAAAACAGAAAAACCGAGACUCACCUGAAGUUACCGACUGGAUGUGAUUAUAAAGGAAAUGUUACGGUGGAGUCGGGUGGAUUAUAUAAGUUCACUUCCUCCCACUCCCUUUCAGGCCAUCUAUCUCUUGAUGUCUAGUUAUCCUGUGUUUGACACGUCUCUAUGAUGGUAUUACACAUUAAUGUCCCUUUUAUCUCUUGACUGAUUGAAAUAAACCAUUUCUAAUCUAAUCUAAUGUGUCAGCAGAGACAGCCUUAAUGAAGACACAGAACACGAUUGGGCCCAACCCGGAGCCCUGUGGGACUCCUGUCGCUCACCAGCGUUAAGCCGUUUGCUGGGUUUGGAGCAUCGACUGUAUCAGAGAACUGGACUGAGUGAAUGUGCUGCCAUCCAUGGAAAAGGUUUAUUCCCGUUAAAUUAAAUUGUUAAAUCAUUUGUUUUUUCAUUUCUGAUAAGGACGCCGCCAUGUUGGAGCCAGACGUCAGUAAGCAGUGAUUGUUCUGAGGCGUUUCUACGGCAACCACCCUCCCCAAUCAGGAGGAGCUUGUUGGAAGAGGGUUUGACAGGAAAAGUUUCUGACUCUCUUGGGGUUGUUUUACCGUUAGCUGCAGGCAAAGACAGCGACGACAGCGCCACCCUCAGGCUGAAAGUAUAUUACAGCGUUUUGGAACACCAUAGAGAAUCAUGGGAAACGGGUCAGAGGUUUGAACUAAACUCUGCGGCUUCAACAGCCAUGGGGAGCCACAGGGUAACCUUUGGGGGCCCAUGAUCUAGAUCUUGAACUACAGAAAUAAAUGUAAGGAGGAUCAUCAAGAAGAUGUUAAAAUGUUUAUUCAGACCAUCACAAUGACUGUUCUCCAGGUGAACUCUGGCCCGGUUCACUGCAGUCAGAACCAGACGGACUUUAAUCUGUUCCGGUCAGGGCUUGUGUUGGACAAUAGCGCCCCCACAUGAGCAGCUGUUGGAACAGGCUGUUCUGUUUUGGCUCAGUCUUUGGUUCUGAGAGGGCCCAAACCCAAAUGGCGGUGGGGGGAGUGGGGCGUUAUACACUUCUAAAACGGUCCCAAAAAGAAACCAACGGUUCUUAAAAUUUGAAUGACUUUCUUUAAAUAAGAAAAAGAACUCUACCAACAGGUUUGGUAAAACAAUUCUUCCUCAAACUACGUGAUUUCAUGGAAUCGUUCUCGAUUAGAUUCAUUUCUUGCGAGUGUUUUUACUUUCUGCAGAUUUGAGUUUUUCUGACUCAUCAUCUUUUCUGCUCCAGGAUUGAACCAGAGAUCACCCACAAUCCUUUGGGGUUUUUAACAUUUGUUGUGUUUUGACCAGUUUUGCUGUAGCUGGAGCGUGUGUAGCAUGCUAACGCUAAGACUACAGAAUUCCUGAGCAUAAAUAUUUUUUCCAGCAGCUGUUUUAUCCAAACAAAAGUCAGAAGAACAAUAAAUGGAUAUUCUUCCUCUUC